UUUUUUUUCCCUUCCAAUGAGAUGACGUUUUUUUACAGAUUGUGCACGUGUCUAUUCCCAGCGUUGGAUAAUUUGCUAACAGCUGAAACGGUUGAUUACGUGCCGCCACGUGGCAAUUAAAAGUUCCACCGUACAAUCAAUGGGCGUGGGGCCACCUAACCUGAACACUGGUACUAGAGAGACAAAAGAGUCCUACAAAUACAUCGACAGAAACUGCAGAAUACAGUGAGAAAGAACUGGAGUAAGAGUAACUAAUAACUGAGAAUUACUCGGAUAAUGAUGCUUCCUCAACUAUUAGCCUUACUCGUCCUCUUCAUCUGCUCCUUCCUCUUCCUUUUCCUUCUCAGAAACAGGAAAAAGCCUUCUUCCUCUUCCAAGCUUCCAAGGUCCUACCCCAUUGUUGGCACCUUCUUGGCCGCAUCGGCCAACAAGCGCCGCCGCAACCAGUGGUUCGCCGAGCUCCUCCAGAGCGCGCCCUCCGCCACCUUCGUCCUCAAGCACCUCCUCGGCCCUCGCCAGAUCCUCACCGGAAACCCCGCCGUCGUCCAGCACAUUCUCAAGUCUCACUUCUCCAGCUACGGCAAAGGCGACGCCUUCAGAGUCCCCCUCUCCGACUUCCUCGGCGACGGCAUCUUCAGCGCCGACGGCGACAGCUGGAAGUUCCAGAGGAAGGUCGCUAGCCACGAGUUCAACACCAAAUCGCUUCGCAAGUUCGUCGAGACAGUCGUCGACUCCGAGCUCUUAGACCGACUUAUCCCAAUCCUCUCCGCCGCCGCCUCUGAGAAGAAGUCUUCCUCCGUCGUCCUCGAUUUCCAGAACCUUCUUCAGCGUUUUGCCUUCGACAACAUCUGCAAGAUCGCCUUCGGUCACGAUCCUGCUUAUCUCUUACCUUCUCUUCCGGACUCGAAAUUCGCCGUCGCUUUUGACACUGCGACGUUGAUUAUCGGCGGCAGAUCCAUGUCGCUGUUUCCUCCGGUGUGGAAAAUCAAGAAGCUUCUUGGAAUUGGAUCGGAGAAGAAGCUCAAGAAUGCGAUCAAGGAAGUUCGCGAUGUCGCCCAAUUCAUAGUCAGAGAGAAGAAGAAGGAGCUCGCGGAGAAAUCGUCGCUCGAUUCCGUGGAUCUCCUCUCGCGGUUCUUGAGAUCAGGCCAUUCCGACGAGAAAUUCGUUGUCGACAUCGUCAUAAGCUUCAUUCUUGCCGGACGCGACACGACAUCUACCGCGCUUACGUGGUUCUUCUGGCUGAUCUCCCAGAACCCGCGCGUCGAGCGCGAGGUUUUGAAAGAGAUCUUCACAGACAAAGAGAAAUCGGAUCAGGAGAUAUCUGUCUACGACGAGGUGAAGGACAUGGUGUACACGCACGCGGCGCUGUGCGAGAGCAUGAGGCUGUACCCGCCGGUGCCGUCGGACAGCAAAGAGGCUGCGAACGACGACGUUUUGCCGGAGGGGACGGCGGUGAGGAAGGGGGAGAAGGUGACGUACCAUCCAUACGCGAUGGGGAGGCUAGAGGCGCUGUGGGGGAAGGACUGGACGGAGUUCAUCCCGGAACGGUGGCUGAAGGUGGAGGCCUCGACCGGAAAUUGGGAGUUCGUGGGGAGGGAUCCGUACACUUACCCUGUGUUCCAGGCGGGGCCGAGGAUCUGCUUGGGGAAGGACAUGGCGUUUCUCCAGAUGAAAAGGGUGGUCGCCGGCAUCAUGCGGCGGUUCAGGGUGGUGCCGGCGAUGGAUGGAGGGGUUGAGCCUGUGUACGUGUCGGAUUUGACUUCGAAAAUGAAAGGUGGGUUUCCGGUGACGAUCAAGGUGAGGACCAACAAUUGUUUAUGAUUAUGAAGAUGCGAAAGUUCAUCACUUGUGGGAGUUGACUUGUCAUUUGUAUAUAAUUUGUAGGCCCCACGUGUUAGUAUUUAAUUAAUGAAUGAUCGAGUGAUUAUUAGGUUGAGCUGUCAUUUCUCCAAACGCUAUUUUAAUGAAGUAGAUUUAUAAAGGAUUGGGAAUGUUUAUGGUAGAAAAUGUUAUUUUCCUUCGCUAAUA